UGUAGUGAUAGAAAAGAACAGCAGGUGGCAACGUAAUAUUUACUGUAUAUAUAAAAGAGACAGAGAGAGCUACUCACAACUUCCUUGUCAGAAGUGAAUAAAGAAGAGGUAGAAAGCAGCUGCCUGCAAGUCAGAACUUUACCAACCCUUACACACAAGGCAGUCGACGAUGGUGCGUGCAAAGACUUGGAUCCUGAAGAAGCACUUUGAUGGGUUUCCUAAGCAUAGUGAUUUUGAACUGAAAGAGACAGAAUUGCCACCGCUGAAAGAUGGAGAGGUGCUGCUUCAAGCUGAGUUCUUUAGUGUUGAUCCCUACCUGAGGCCAUACAGUAAGACAAAAAUGAAGGAAGGGGACAAAGUUAUUGGCUCCCAGGUUGCAAAGAUCCUGGAGAGCAAGAAUCCCAAAUAUCCAGCGGGAGCAUUUGUUGUCUCUCAGUCUGGCUGGACGACACACGUAAUUUCUGAUGGCACCGGCCUGUGGCUCAUUCCUUCUAACUGGCCCCAAAACCUUUCCAAAUCUUUGGCUCUUGGGACAGUUGGGAUGCCAGGGAUGACUGCCUAUUUUGCCUUGUCUGAGAUUUGCCGGAUAAAACCAGGAGAAAUCAUCAUGAUAAAUGCAGCUGCUGGUGCCGUGGGCACUGUAGUAGGGCAGCUUGCUAAACUCAAGGGUUGCAAAGUGGUCGGCUGUGCGGGAUCCGAUGACAAAGUGGCCUUCCUAAAAGAACUUGGCUUUGAUGAAGUCUUCAACUAUAAGACAGUGGGGUCAUUGGCAGAGGCCUUGAAGAAAGCUUCCCCAGAAGGCUAUGACUGCUAUUUUGAUAAUGUGGGAGGAGCAUUUUCCAGUGUCGUUCUGGAGCAAAUGAGGAAAUUUGGGAGAAUUGCUGUGUGUGGCAUGAUCUCGUUGUACAAUGACAAAGAACCCCAGCAAGGGCCCUAUAUCCAGUGGAAUAUACUCGCAAAAGAACUUUGCAUGGAAGGCUUCUUAGUCCAGCGUUGGGAAAACAGGAAGGAUGAAGCUCUGAUGGCUUUGUUGAAACUUGUGGUAGAGGGAAAGCUAAAGUGCCCCGAACACACCACUAAAGGCUUUGACAACCUGCCAGCAGCAUUCAUGGGGAUGCUGAAAGGAGAAAACACUGGGAAGGCCAUCGUAAAAGUUUAACUGCGACAUGGGUCCUUCCUCCAAACAAGGCAGCACAAUACAUGUUGACCCGCAGCUUUUUAAAUUGCAGAUUGCUUUCUUGCUUGAAACUCAAAUCAUACACAUUAGCUCAUCUGUAUUUUAAAAAAACCUGAGUAUAUCUUGAUUAUGGAAAAAAAUGGAAGGAAACAAGUUUGUCACGUGAAUUCCGAAGACCAAAGUAAAUGUGAAGGAAGGAGAUAGAUGCCUCUGAUUGGUGACAUCAAUGUGCUCAAGAUUAUUCUACAUCUGUGGUUCUCAACCAGUGGGUCCCCAGGUGUUUUGGCUUACAACUCCCAGAAAUCCCAGCCAGUUUACCGGCUGUUAGGAUUUCUGGGUGUUGAAGGACAAAACAUCUGAGGACCCACAGGUUGAGAACCACUGUUCUUCAUGAUCUUAAGCAUAGAAGAAAGAAGGAAUGGCUGCUGAUCCCAGUAUAGGGUCUUCCAUAUUACUGUACAGUGCAUUAAUUCCGGGCUUUAUAGUUUGGUGAGAUCUCUGAGAAUCUGAACACCCUUCUUUAAACGCAUAUCUCAAGAGAAGUUACUUUGACAGCUAAAGUGGAAUCAUAGCGCAUUGCAAAUGUAAAAGGCAAAAAGGGGGUGAACCACUGGCCUAAGAAAGGCAACGUAUUUAAGGUACAUCAUAAUUUUAUGAACAUAGUUUUCUGUUCCAUUAAAAAAAGUUGGCCUUAAUCUUGAGAAAUUCUCAAACUUCGGAAAUAGGCACUUAAAAAGCAUGGCGAUCUUUUAAAAAAGUAAGUUGCUUCAAAAUAUUGUAUGACAAGAUAUUGAACACAGCCGUGAUAACACGACCUUUCAGAUAUGAAUGGGAAAGAUGCAAUUUGGAGUAUUCCUAAUUCUGGGGAGGGGGAAAUAAUGAGGGAGGUUACUGCUGUUAAAAGAGGUGAGUUUGUAAGGGAGUUUUUGUGGUGGGAGUUAAAGUAGAUUGUGAAUUUGAAUUAAGACAGGACCUGAUCAGUAGAGAUAUUUUCAAAUGGCAUUCAUUCAAUAAACCAUUAUUUUGUUGUUAA